AUGAAGCUCAUUACAUCAAUCACUCUCGCCAUCUUGGCUCCAAGCGCUGUCUCGGCUUACAUGUGCAACUGCUUCAACAGAGAGAGACCCAACAUUCAGGUCGCUCUGCAGUUCUGCGAGCCGGGCUCUGGCACGACUCGCUGCUGGGACAAGGCUACCAAUAGCCAAGCGUGUAUCUUGAACAAGCCCAUCACCCAGGCGGACUGCGACGCCCAUUACUCUCCCAAAGGAGAUUGGAUUGCCAGCUGCCAGCACUGGACUGGUGGCUGCCCUAAGGGUAUGACCCAGAUGUGA